CGCCGCCGCGCUGCCACGCCACCCUGCAACCGCGCGGCGUGACAAUACGUAGUCCAAGCUUUUGCGGUCGCCGUCGUCAUCGCCAGCGCACGUGCGUUAUUCGCGAACGGAAGUCAAAACACGGCCGACCGCUCUCGUAAUUCUUCCCUAUUACUGUACCCCUCUUCUCGGACAUUCCCUACGCUCAACGCCGUCGGACAGCAAUACGAUUAAGACGAAUAAAAAUAGUAAAAUUCUUAUCCCCCAAGGUUUUCAUUUUGUUGUUUUUUACCCGCUAUUUGACGUCCGUCUCGUAGCCGCAGUGAUCUGGCGGUGAAAUCGUCGGUACCGCGGAAAUGGAACCACGGCGGCCGCGCCGGCAUCCCGUGGUCAUCGUUCUGCUGGCGGUCAUGGUACUGGUCAGCAGAGCGGGCGGAAAAACGUCGGCCACCGCAUCAGACGCGUGUUCGCUCUCGGAGUUCGAGUGCUCCAACUCGGACGUCAACGUCCGCUGCGUGCCGGUCAUCAGGUACUGCGACGGACACCGAGAUUGUCCGGAUGGGUCCGACGAGCCUCAGUACUGCACGCCAUGCAAUCGAACAUACUAUGGAGAUGUUGGUAAAACGUACGAGUUCGAAUUACAUAGACCAAAACCGGACCAAUUACCGUUUAUUUGUUUUAUAAAACUUGUUGCACCAGGACACCAUUUAGGAGAUUUAAUACAAGUGACUUUGGACAGUUUCACCAUCGGUCGGUUCGCAUCUUACACGAACGCUGGAUGUCCGGACGGCGACCUACACAUCACUGAGUCUGACAGACCGGCUGUAUCCGGUGGCUGGUGCGGAACGUCUUGGGCACCGGCUCAUUACUACAGUGAGACCAAUUCAAUCACUCUGUUGGUCCGGUUGUACACACUGUCAAGCCUGGACAACACUGGAUAUAACUUUGAUUUCCGGUUAGGCUAUAAGAUGCUGAACCGGAACCGCGCGGUCGUCCGGUACGGCGAGCAAAAGAUGUUUGCUAGAGUCAACGAAUCGUUUCACAUGGGUGACCUGAUGGAGGGCACCUAUUGUUCGCGAAUAUUCAGCAACUGCGAUAAGAAGAGGUGUGUCCUGCAGUCACCCAACUAUCCUGGGCUGUACCCGCGAAACUUGACGUGCUAUUACGCGAUCCGACAGCAUAGCAUACCGUACGGUCACCAAGCACUCAUAUCCAUCACGCAGCCGUACAGCCGACUGGUGUCGAUCAAGACGGAUCGGACCAAUCCCGAAGGCGCCGAUCCAAAGCCUGUCGAACGAAAGGAUUGGAGCAAAUGCGACAAUGUACCAGACUUUGUGACAGUAUAUGAUGGAUACACAACUAGAGACCCAAUUCUAUUGAGAUUCUGCGGAUCUGGUGAGACUGUACCCGUAACAACGUCUAGUGGACCUGAACUGUUAGUUCAGUUUUCCACAUCACCAUACGGUACUUUGAUGUAUCCUUUUGGCCCACUUCAUGGAUUUCAACUUCAAGUGCAAGUGCACUUUGUAGAGAUCGAAUCAAUUAAGUACACGAAGAACAAACGUUGCGAAUUUUGGAUACGAAACACGGGCCGCGGGUGGUUACACGCACCCUAUCACUCUUUGCCUGAAAACACGACAUGUUGGUACCAUCUACAAGCUACUCCUACCGGUCUUACAGCCGCUGGAUAUCCAGUUAACCGGGAAUCGGUUGCGGAUGGUGGUCCUAGGUACAAGAUAUGGAUAUCUGUACUCAAGUUUUACGUGACCGGCGCUCAGCCUCGAGAUUGCACCACUAACCUAAUGGUGUGGGAUGGAAAUUCUUCUUGCCAUCCUUUCUGCGAUUUGAGAAAUGCCUCAUCGUCUGGGUACCAGCUCAACAACGCUUCUAUGUUGGCAAAUUACUGCCCCGGUCAAACGCCGAGGUCUUGCGAUCAUUUUCUGUUGUCCCGGCAACAACGUCCGUGCACCCUGUCUGAGAGCUUCCUAUCUACGUCCCGAUCACUCACGGUUCAAUUAAACAUACAACAUGCUACGGCUCUCAGACCGGUAUCGUUCAAAGCUUUGUAUGAAUUCGUCGACCUGUACCAAGACGGAACCUCAUGGCCCGAAACUGGAAGUAUGUGCUCCAGGAUUUUUCGAAGGCCCGUGCAUUCUCCAUCAAGUACGAUAGCCAUUCGUUCACCGAAAAAUGUAUUCUUUUAUGGACGCGGAGGCAAUAGAAAUUUAAGUUGCAUAUUCAGAUUAGAGGGACAGCCUGGUGACGUGGCUAAAGUCACAAUACUUAAAAUUGGCUCAGGAGAUCGGAGUUGUUAUAGCCGUUUGAACAAAGACCGAGGUACUUUACAAUGUGUAGGCGAUAUUAGCUCGUCUUUAAGUAUUUUGGACGAAGUAAAUGGCCCAAAGACCAUGCUAGUGCCCAGACAUUGUUUGUGUUCGACCAAUAAAUCCUUUUUACCUUAUACAUUCGUCACGUUGGGUUCAAAGGCUUCAAUGGUGUGGGAUGUUCUAAACAUGAACUCAACAGAAGACUUUCGGCUACACUACUUUGAAGCCACCGUACAGUUCGUUAGACGAGAAGUGAUCCCGAAACGCUGUGAAGUAAAAAGCAAUCUGUUAACAGGUCCGGGAGGUCAUUUCACGUUCCACUCCCACUAUAACACUACAUGUGAAUCUCAUUUUGUCAUACUCACCCUACAAAAGUACACUAACAAUUAUUUGUACGCAAAACUACCAGGAUUGGCGAUGCCCGACUCGUCUCAUGCCGUAUCAAACAACUCUCUGCACGUACAUUGUCCAACAAACAAUAGAUUCAUAGUGCAUUCUGGCGAUACCGUCCAUAAAGUGGUCUGUCCGGAUCCAUAUUAUACAGUUGAGGUAUUUUCAAAUGGAUGGCACACAAGAGAAAUCAUGUCGAAUUCUUCACGUGACAUCAUAAUUGAAUUCAUACCCAUUGACCCGGGAUCGUAUACCGUUUCUUGGAUACAACUUUCAUCCAGGAUUCGUGCGGACGGACCGUACUGCCACAGCCAGUGCCCAGAGCUGGACGCAUGCAUCAACGAGUCGCUGUGGUGCGACGGCGUGGAACACUGCCCGUCGGGUUACGACGAGUCGUUCGGGUACUGCAUGCACCUGCUGUACACGCACCUGGUGUACAGCAUCGCGCUGACCGUGGCCAUCGUCAUCGUGGCCGUGUCGUCGGGGCUGACCGUGCUGUGGUUCCGGCGCUUCCGGUCGGCGUCGUCGGCCGCCGCGAGAUCGGGCGCGGUGUGCGCUAGAGGAUCGUCCGCCAAGGGAACGGAAACGGAAGCGAUGAUGGCCGCGUGCGACGUGGUUUACUGACAUAAGGUCAACGACGUAGUGCACUACGUCGAGUACGACCGCGUCACCACCGUCUGAUGGCCCCGGGAACCGCGGGUGCGCGCGUUCGACCUUCCGCCGCCCACGACUCGGCGGACGCCGCCCUGCGCUUCCCCAGUUACGGCUGCCGGGCUCAGGUCUACAGCCGCGCGGGUCCCUGACGUGCUGUGUCCGCGUCACGGUCGCGGAUUAUUAUUAUAUUCGACGUCGGCGACGACAUCGUCUCGAGUCCAACCACCCGGGACGUCGCUGCCGGGGAAAAGCCGCGUCCGUGCGUUUCGAAAACAAUUGCGGUAUUAAAAUACAUGCACAUCCUCUCGCGUUGCCCCGCAAACGACGUCGCGCCACCACGUACCAUAAUCGAUAGCACACACCGAGUUGCGGUUUUCGCGGCGUUUGCGAAUCGUGAUUCUGCUAUGUUUUACGUGUUUUGCAAGACGGAAGCGCGAUCGAACGUCCACCAGACGUUUGCCGCGCGAGUACACGCAAGUAUAUAUUAAUUCGAUGGUAAACAUUGGUGGUGGCCAAGCCGUUUUGCGGUUUAACGUCAUUGUAUAACCUUCACCCUUUCCCUCUUCCUCCAGGAGUGAACCAAAUAAUCCUUCCUCGGCCCCUGUACUUCAUUCAUUAUAUACGUUUGAUAUUUCGGAACCUAUCACCGACGGAAACUUUUCUUUUUUUUUUUCUUGUACAAAAUACAGUAUAUACAAAUUGUAUGAUUUUUAGGUAUCUAUAUUUCCUGUGAAACAGAUCCGUGAAAGAAACGGUGAGGAAUAUAGCGUAGUUUUUUUUUCGGCUCCAUCAAAUCACAUCGUUCGCGAUAAAUUAUUUGCACCGACGAAUUCCUUCCAAAAAAACGAAACACGUGUGCAAUAUUUUUAUUGAAUAAUGUAUAUUAUUUAUUUUUGUUUGUGGUCGCAUCUGAUACUAUAGAGUUAUCUGAUACCAUUAUCGAGUUCGAUAAUUUCAUUUUAGCAAUAUUCUUUCGCCGAUGAUCACACAUACCCUUUAUUUGCGGACGUCAUCCUCGUCAAAAAAAACAUCCGUGAUCCGUUUUGAAGUUAUAUACUGUCGGAAAGCUUUGUGCUUAAGGCGAUCUCGGGCUUAUUGUAGCGACGGAAAAGCAAAUUGCUUAUUUUCCUUCCUUCUUGGUAAUCGAAUAUUAGACCUUCGUACUGCCCGCGGACGCAAUAAUGUAAAGACGCCUUCACAACCGACUGAUUUUAUUGUACGUAUGUCAAAUCAGUGGCGUGCCCAAGAAUUUCCUGUGGGAGGGAUUUUAUCUGAUGGCGAAGUGGGAACUAAAUCUAGGCAAGGAAAUAAAAGUUCAACCUGGUGAAUUAUAGUAAGAACAAAGAAAUGGUUCUCUUUACAUUCAAAACGUCACUUUUCCGACUUUUCUUAUCAUUAACCUAAUCAUUGUAACUUCAACUUAAAAGUACAUUUUCAUUUUUUACAAAUUACUAUUUUAUUAAUUUAAUAUAACUAAUUUAUACCACCAAAAACUACAAGAGUAGCAACAGUAUAGCUACUUAUUUAUAGGUACUCAAUCAAACACUUUAUUCGUUAAAUUAUUUUAUUAAUAUUUAAUUAAAAUGAAAAACAAUUGAUAAAAACAAAUAUUUAAACAUUAAAUUAUUCUGAGAUGGAAAUUUAAACGCCUGCUUUCGCACUCGGUUAAUUUAGAAUAUCAUCAGUCUUUAACUGUAUAUUUCGAUGGAUGUUUAUUAGGACUAAUCCAUUCAACUUACUGUUUGAUCAAAAAUAGUUUUUUUUUGGAAAAAUAUAACUCAAUUGUUCCGUCACGUUUUAACAUAGUAAAAAAUUUGAAUAAGCAAAUGUGAAGCACUCAAAUAUGUAGUAGAUAAUAGAUACCUAAUAAUUUCUGCAGCCCACAAUUUAUAGAGUUCACUAAAUUAAUAUAAUUAAUAUAUGAAUUAAUUUAUAACAAGUAUCAACUCCCUCGCUGAUAAUAUUUUAUAAUACAUUGAUAAACUGAUGAACAUUUGGAUAAUAAGUUUUUGGUGGUUAGUCAAUAGAAUAACGAUAACAAUAUUACUUUAAUUUAUAAUUCGUAUUAUCGCAGUAACAAUCAUAAUAUAUGUUUGAUUGUUUAUCUUAAUUUUCGUAAAACGACGGAUAUAGAAUUUACUAGACGUGAUUUAUACUAAAUGGUAAAUAUAAUACGUAAUAGAAAUAAAAUAAUAAUUUUACAUUUUAUGAAAUUAUACAUUUUAGGUAGAGCAAAUCAAAUUAGUAAAUCCCAUAAGGAACAAAAGUCAAUAGGAGAGGAUAUAACCCCUAACCUCCCCCCUGGGCACACCACUGAAUCGAAUUAUACACAAAACACAUAAUUUAUACAUAUAAAUGUGUAUGUGUGAGUGUGUAUGUGUGUGUGCGUGUGCGUAUCGUUGUGUUACGUGUCGGUCUUCGCCAAAACAGAAACCGUGUAAUGGUUUCACUUGCUUUCAAUUUAACCCGUUUUCUAAAUUUAUAUAUGUGAAUAGAACAAAGUGAGAAACACGAAAGAUAUAUCUUCAAACGUUUAUAACGAUCAUGUAUAGCUAUGCUAUGUAAAUAGUAUAUCCCAUGGAGCAUAUGUCCUAGACGACUAUUUCUACUUGUUUAAUAUAGUAUAAUGGUGAAUAUAGCACUUGGUUCGUAACUAACGUUUAAGGUUACAUCACAGACAUAGCUGCCACACCUCAUAUAUAUCUUUAAUACAUUGUUUCGUUAAAGUUCUUAAUUAGUUCCCUUUGAACGAUGUGUGUUAUUAUUAACUUGUUAACAGGUUGUAUACAGCGUGCUCUGCGAAAAUUAGGUAUUUACUAAUUUAUGAAUUAACUGAUAAAUUGAAUCUCAAAGUGCGGUAGAAAUCGAAUAUACAAGUAAUGGAUCUCAGGAGACUAAUAAAACUGUUCAUUAUAGGCAAUAUUAUUAUUUAAACUACAUAUAUAUAUCAGACUAUCGUCUAGUUGAUGGUAUAUAUUGUAUAUAUAAUAUUUAACUGUCUAUUAAAGUAAUCUAAUACCAUUUUUUUCUACUAAAAUUAAAUACAUUUAUCAAAUGCCUAUUCUCGAUUUAAAAACAUCUCGGAUGCUUUUGUUUGUUCCUUUAUCAAUAUUAUAACAUAUAAUAAUCAAUAUUAUGAACUAUGUAUAUUUAGUUAAGAAAAAAAAAUUCAAAUAAUUCAAAACAACUUUAAUAAAUGUACAGCUUAUUUGAUUAAAUUUAGAGAUACUCGUAUUAAAAUAGUGGUGUAAUCUGCUGUAGUUAUAUACGAAUUUCCAUUAAAAAAAAUUUCCUCUGAGAUAAUUAUCUUCCAAAUAAUGGCCACAAUUUUCAUAAACUGUGAUAAAUCAGUGCAUGAGAUCCUACAUAUAAUAUGUUGUAUGCCUAUAGGUAGACUCACCACAGUAUCCAACCAAAUAAAUCAUAAAACGUGUCAUCAACUCUUUUUUGUGGUUGAAAUAUUUGCAUAAGGUUAAUAUAUUAACAAAUUCCCUGUUAUUAAAAUUUACAAUAACUUGGCGUUAUUCCAAAAUAAUACAUUUAUUUAGCAUUUUAUAAUUGUUAAACACUCCAUAGUUCACAUAUAAAUGGUUUCAUGCCGUCACUAAUAUGAAUCUUACAUUAUAUCGUACUCAUACGAGAGAAAAUUUUAAAAUAAAUUUGUUGUUAAAUAGUUUUAGGUGCAUCAAAGGCAAAGUUAGUUUUAUUAUUAUCAUAUUAUAAUUGUUAUUGUUAUGGGAAACCUAAAAAUUUAUCGUAGUCAUAAUUUAUUAUUCAUGACUUAAAAAUAAAAAGUUUUACUUUAAAAUGUGUUCAUUUUACUCUUCUAGUAGUUUUUGAAAUUAUAACGGUGUACUGUUAUGUGCUACAAAUUUCUUUUAUUUUAAUUUUUAUUUUAUGGCUGCAAUAAAAUCAAUCACUGUAUUUGUCUUUGUUUCGUCGUAUUUAAUUAACAUUUGUUCGAUGCCCGAACCAACCCAAGUCGGUGUUUAGGACGCGUUUAGUUUAUACAACAAUAUAGAUUGAUUUUUUACCACGUGGUGUUUACAGAUUCUGUGUACAUCAAUGGAUUUUUAAUAUAUACCGUUUGCUCGUUAUAGAUACGUUUGACAAUUAGGUUGCAAUCGAAAGUUUAGUUAGAGGUGUUACACUUAUUAAAAUUAUUGAAGAUGUACGAGUAUAUAAUGUUAUAGUAAAUAUUUAUUAACACAAAAGCCAAUAAGUUAGUACCUCUAAAAGAGUAUGAUAUAAUAUACGUACUUAUUAUUUUUUCAAAAAUGAUAUUGAAUAUUUUUUAUCAGUUAGGGAGGAGGAUAGCUAGAAAUUUUUACAUCGAUCAAUUGUCGAAGUCCGAUAAAAAAUUAUUUUAAAGGGAUAAAUAAGUCAAAAAUAAUUUAGUGCGCAAUGUUGAAAUUUAGAUUUUGUUUCGUUGCAUUUAAUUUAGAGCAACAAUACCUUAUCACCAAUAAGAAUCAUAGCGUGUUAUGAUUAUUUUUAAAAUACAGACCUUUACUGACGACUAUCGUAAUAAAAAUUCUUACCCUUUUUAUUGUUAUUGUUUUAUAUAUAUAUAUGUGUGUAUGUAUACACAUUACUAUUAAGUCCAAGAAAUAUAUGUAAAUCGUUAGACUUGAAACGUAGACUUUAAUUAUAAUCGUUUUUCGAUACUAUAUACGUAUUAUUAUUACGUAUGUACGUAGUUUUGUUUUUAUUAGCUUGUUAACAUAAUAUUUGUCGAUUAAGUAGUUGAAAAUCAGGGUAAACAAAGAAAUUAUUUUGUGUUAAAUAUUACGGCUAGAACGUUGAGAUUAUGAGCUAAUUCUUACAUAUAUAUUAAUGGUUCUCAAAUACUAUGAAAACAUUAAAAACGCUAUUCAAAAAUAUACUUAAAAUAAUUUAAAAUUAAAAUAUCUAAACCAUAUAAAGCAAUACAGAAAGAUGCACGUGAAUUUACAAUCUUGACAGUUUCCGUUUGUAGUUUAUUCAUUAAAUUAAAAUGAUUAGACCAAAAUUUGUUGUGCCUAAAUGUGUCUUUCAUGAUAUUUCCAGGAAGUGUUGAAAAAAACCACUGAAAAACGCUAUUCUUAGGCCUGAAUUUCAUUUUUAGAAAACAACGGAAUGCUACAUAAUAUUCGACACCCGUGGUUUGGAAAACGUGAGUGCGCUGAGUCCCGAAAGUCAUUGACGCACAGUAAAACAGUUGUUUUCGUUCGUCCGCGCGAAAGUGCGAAUACGACCGAUUCGCAUCGUCGGUUUUACGCCUUCGGGACGAUACAGCAAUGUAAAUCGUUUUACCGUUCGUUUUCGGAAUCGGUGGCAGCGACGGGAAACGCCACCCAAAACGUUGUAACACCGAUGACGUGGCCGGGGUGCGUACGUGUCGUUCGGGGUACCCGCGGCGUUUAAUUGCGAAACCGUGCCCGCGUUGUACAAUAUUAAUUACGACGAGGCGCCGAUUUAAACGGUAACAUUGCACGUGGUUCUGAAUAUUAUACGCCCAACGGGUUGCGGCUUAACAUUUAUUAUGCACAACAUUUUAAUUCCGUUAAAACUGCCCCCGUUUGCCGGUUACCUAUUUCAUUGAUACUUAGUCAAUGCCUAUUUAUCUAUUUAUUACCAUUACUAUUAUUAUUAUUGUUAUUUGUUGUUUUUUUUUUCUCGAAUUUUACACCGUUAAAAUAUUUCGAGAAAAAUGAGUAAAAUCCAGAGUGCUUCCAGGUAAUAAUGAUACUGUGUACCUUUUACUCGUGGACAAAAACUGUGUUAUACUGGUAAUAAUAUAAUACUUAGCUGGUACAUAUUAUAUAUUUUUGUUAUUCAUUAUAUAUAAAACAAUUUAACUAAUUAUAUUAUCAUUAUUAUAAACAUAUAGACACUUUAUUAUAUAUAUAUAUAUAUAUUUACCUGACUAGAUCAUAGUGCAAUCGAUAUCGAUAUUGAACAUAUCGCUAUUCAAUAACAUUAUAUAUUAUUGUUUCGUUUGAAUAUUUCAAAUAAUCUAUUACAUUAUAUUCAAAUUAAUGUGUUAUACCUACGUAUCGGCGGAUGCCAACACUUAUUUACGUAGCAGUAAAUUCUAUUUUCAUAACGAAUUGUUAUUAAGUAUAAUAUAACCGUGUGGUACUGUUCUAUUAUAUAAAAUAUGCAUUGUUUGUAAUAUCGUAGCAGGUUAGUGAUUCGUGUUGUUUCUUGUUGAAUUAUGAAUUCAUUAAUUAAUUUGUUAAGAUAUUAACAAUAUAAUUGUUAUAUUAUAAUAUAAUAUAAUUUACAAUAUUUAAAUUUCUUACAUUAAAAUUUUACAAUAAUAGUUUUAAACCCUCUUGGUUACGUACAUUAUUACAUUCGAUUUAUGUAGUUUAAAAAUCUAAUGCAUAUAUAAAUACACCGCCGGGUAGUAGAUCGCGUGUAUAUAAACUCGUUAUUUGUUAUAUUAAAUAAAUUAUUAUUUUAGUUUUUUGUUAAUGUUUACUUUUAAAACAUUAUGUAAUAAAUUGUAUAAAAUAAACGAUGUACGAUUAUAGUCAUUGAAAUUAAGAUA